CUUGUCUGAAUUUUCUGAAGCUCUGCAAAGUCAAAUAUUACAACUAUUGUCUAAUCCAUAAUGUACAGAGGGAUUUUAUUAUACAAACUGGUGACCCCAUGGGAACUGGCCGUGGAGGAGAAUCCAUAUUUUGUCAGCUGUAUGGUGAUCAAGCCAGAUUUUUUGAGGCAGAAAAGGUGCCAAGAAUCAAACACAAGAAGAAGGGAACAGUGUCAAUGGUGAACAAUGGCAGUGAUCAACAUGGAUCGCAGUUCCUCAUUACCACAGGGGAAAACCUGGAUUACCUCGAUGGCGUGCAUACAGUAUUUGGAGAAGUGACAGAAGGCAUGGAUGUCUUGAAGACAAUUAACGAAGCCUUUGUAGAUAAAGAUUUUAUCCCAUAUCAGGAUAUCAGGAUAAAUCAUACAGUAAUUUUAGAUGACCCCUUUGAUGAUCCACCUGGCUUGUGUGUUCCUGAUCGCUCACCAGAACCUACAAAGGAACAGCUCGACAGUGGCAGAAUAGGAGCAGAUGAAGAAAUUGAUGACACGAAAGGACGGUCUGCAGAGGAAAUAGAAGAAGUUCAGGCAGAAAAAGAAGCAAAAACUCGUGCCAUUCUCCUGGAAAUGGUGGGAGACUUACCAGAUGCAGACAUCAAGCCACCAGAAAAUGUGCUGUUUGUUUGUAAAUUGAAUCCUGUGACCACAGGUGAAGACCUGGAGAUAAUAUUUUCACGAUUUGGUCCCAUUAAAAGUUGUGAAGUGAUCCGAGACUGGAAGACUGGUGAAUCUCUUUGUUAUGCUUUCAUUGAGUUCGAAAAGGAGGAAGACUGUGAGAAAGCCUACUUCAAAAUGGACAAUGUGCUGAUAGAUGACAGACGGAUACAUGUGGAUUUUAGCCAGUCUGUCGCAAAGAUCAAAUGGAAGGGAAAAGGUGGGCAGUAUACCAAGGAAGAUUUCAAGGACUAUGAGAAGGAACGUGACAAACCUUCAAAAUUUGCUCUGAAAGAAAAGGUGAAACCAAAGCAAGAUGCCAAGUAUGACCUUGUGCUGGAUGAGGAUGUAGAAGAGUCUCACACAAGUCAGUCACACUUGGCUAAAAAACAGAAGAAGAAAAAGCACCACCACUCUGAAGAUGAAGAUGAUGACAAGAGGACCAAAAAGUCUAAGGAUUCUGACCGAAAGCAUGAAGAACGCUGUAGGGAGAGGACCAAGAGUGAGAAGAAAGACAGGCAUCGGAGCCGCAGCCGUUCUCAGGAGAGAGAUUACACUUACAGCAGACAAAAAGACAAAUACAGAGAAGACAUCCGAGUAAGAGACUGGGAUAAAAAAGCAGACAGGAGCAGAAGUCCUAAGAAAUCCAAAGACAAAGAAAGGUCCAAGUACAGAUGAAGGACAUGGAAAGGACAGAGGGGAAUUAAAAUAAUAAAUUUAACUUUUUUCUUUUGUGAUAGUGGUUUUUCUGUAAUACUUGCUGUAGUGUCUGACUGCAAUAUGCAGUAAGAUUUUAUAGCUUGAUACCUCUCAUUCAAACAUCAUCUGCUGAUUCUAAAAUUCAAGAUGAAUUACUGCAAAUUGCUCUGCCCUGGAGUGCCAGUAGUUGUGCCGGGAUAGAGUAUUUCAAAGGACUGUGAAGAAUGAGAACUUCUUAUUAAGAUGAUUCAAUGGGAAGGCUGAUAUUUAAGGAACAUAAUCAGCUGAAGCUAUGCUAUGGAAGAAAAUUCUGAUUAAGCAGGCCAGGUGGGAAGGCUAUAAUCUUCAGACCUAAGCUGAGCAGGAAUACUGAGGGGAUUCAAUACAGGCAUGUGCUUUCCAGCAGCAUCUGCCCAGUCUUUGCUUUCUUAAAAACAAAGCUGGAGUCCAACAUCUUUGGUGCUUGUGGUAGUUAGAAAACAGAACAAAAAUCCCCCACCUUCCUGUAAUGUUGAAAAUAGCAUCGAAAAUGUAACAGCAGAGACAUCAGCUUCUUCACUUUGACAUAGCUGAGACCUAUUUGAAGGGGAAUGCCCUAUGCUUAAGGCUCUUUGUUCAUUAGUUGAAGGCUUAGAAACCAGCUCCUCAGAGUUUUCUAUUGUGUUCCUUUACUUGCAACAGCUUAAAAACGUGCUGUAGACUCUAAAUUGUUUUAUUCUGUGGAUUUGGGUGAGUUUGAGACCUAUUAGGUUGUCACGCAUUACAAUUCCUUUAGUUCUUUGUGGCCUUGAGCUUGAGUCCAAGAUUUGGAGUGGACAUGACCAAAUACAGAAAGUGUACUUGGCUAAGAAGCUGCCCUUUGAUGAAUCUAACUUUUGUGUCCUUCAAAGCAUAGAACUAGAAAUCCAGAGCUUCCAUAACUGUCUCCUAGCAAAACAUUUCUAACUGAGACCCUACAGGGGUUGGGGCCAUCCUUGCAGAGUCUGCGCGAGAGCCCUCUGUCCCAGAGGAGAGCUAAACAGGAAGCCUGUUCCUGGAAGUCUCUUGGGGAAUCUGGGGCUGAGGACUGCUCACUGUUCCUGACAAGAAAAUUCCUGCCUUCAUUCUGGGCAUAAGAAGACUCCAAAGAACUGUACUAGGUCGGGAUAUGGUGCCUUUGGAGUGGUGCUGUGGAGGCAGUAUGUUGUCUUGAGCUCUUCCUGCUCUUGGCCUGCUGUUAAAGGAACAGGGUUUGCACUGUCAUACUGUUCUCAGUCCUGCUGUCCUUUUCCACACAGCAUUUUUAACUUGCAAAAAGAAAGCACUGGCCAGAUUUGGCAAGGAUGUGGAGAUAGGAAAGCAAUUGCAUUCUUGCUUUCUUUAGGAAAUGGCAGUCAUAGAAACUAACAAAAGCUUCCAGUUGUGGAGAAUGCUGGAUUCUUGCUGAACAUAAGAGGUCCUCUUAUUGAGGAGUUGUGACUUAACAUCACAAAGAGUUUCAGCAGCCAUUCCUAGGCUUCAGCUAGCCCUCAGCUAGCUGUGGGACAUACAAAACUUACUGAUGUUUAGAAACAGCCAAUUUCAGGUGAAUGUGCUCACUUUUCUGCAGCAUAAACAGCUUUUCUUUGCAACAGGUAAAUGCUUAAGAACUGAAAGUUUAAAAUAGUAGUAUAUGGAAGUAACUAAUCCAUUUUCAUUGAUGGAUAAAGAGUCUUCAGAAUAAAGAGUUAAAAAAACAGUA